UGUUACUUGUAGCAAAUAAAAAGCAUUCUUGUUUUUCAGUGAACUCACUUCUUCUUCUUCUUCUAUACUUUCCAAAAGACUUUGACUCCGAGACGCAGAAAAUGGAAGGAAGAGGAAAAGUUAACAUGAUCAAUGGUGGAGAUGGAACAAGAAAAGGUGGUAGAGAACACAUUAGCCGUCCGAUCCCGAAGAGAGGGCAAGUCAAAGUUGGGAUCUUGCUAGGUUUUGCUAAUUCCUUUGCUUCCAUCUUUGGCUCCACCAGAAACUUCCAUGGAUCCUAAACCUAAUCUUCUGCUUUUCAUUUCCCACAGAAAUAUUUUCAUUUAUUUUUCAGAAUUUUCUGUGGUUUAUUGGAGUGAGAUAAUGGUGAUCUUGUAGUCUCUAGUUAGUUUGUUGAGUUCAUUUUCAUUUGUCUUUCACUUUUGUACAAAUCCUAUGUAAUUUCACUUAUUAAAAUAUUUUGUGAUAU